CUUGAGGUCAUUGAAAUAAUUCUUAGCGUUGCAUACUGUAGGUGAACGAUCAUGGCGCGCGACUGUGAAGUAGUUCGUGCAAGGCGCCUGCUUUCUGUUUGCUCCAUGGCGGGUGGAGCGUGCCUGCCUUUCUGCGCGUCCUGUUUGCUCCUUGAUCUCCCAAUACAAACGGAGGACAGGCUCUCUUUUUGGAGCCCUCUGGAUCUUUCCUGACUCCACCUCUGCAACCCCACUGUCACCCGCUUACACUUCUUCUAACCUUCUUUUGACUCGAACCACCUGAUCCUAGUUGCACUCUUUUGGGAGUUUGCCCAGUCCGUCUUAGGGCAGACAAGCGCAGUCCGCAAUGGUUCCACCUUGGGGUCGCUAUGAUCCAAUCCAGGACGAAGAGUACGAUUCUCUUGACGAUUCCUGGGCCAGCGCUUCUGAGAACAUCCAUGGGCUGUCUAAAGACCAACUUCCUGAGCAGUCGGCCCUGGACUUGCAUCCGGGAGAUAAUAGCGUGGACGAAAAUGAUACGACCUUGCAAAACCUAGAAGAGGCUGACCAGGAUCCCGACAGCGACAUUGACAAAGACGGCGCCCCUUGUCAUGGACCUGUGACGUUGAAGGAAAAGCGUGCCGCCCAGAACGCCGUCUUUCGAGCCUUUGCACUCGAAAAGGAAGCUCAGAUCACAGAGAAGGAAGUCAAAGAGGCGCUCCAUGAGAUCGAAGAUGACAAACUCUCGAUCAAACAGCUGUUAAAGAAACAGGAGACCAGCUCCAUAAUUGCGAGUCCCCGAGACUACCAGACCGAGCUGUUCCAGCGCGCCAAAGACGACAACAUCAUCGCGGUCUUAGGUACCGGCUCGGGCAAAACACACAUUGCUACCUUGCUUCUUCGCCAUAUCCUUGAUCUUGAACUUGAUGCACGCAACAAGGGGCAGCCGCCAAAAAUUUCGUUCUUCCUGGUUAACUCGGUCAACCUUGUAUUUCAGCAAUCAAAUGUUUUGGAUUGCGGUCUUGGUGGCCAUGCGGUCGAAGGUAUCAGCGGCUCCAUGGGACCUAGUCUUUGGAACAAACACACAUGGCAGAAGCAUUUUGAUAAAAACAUGGUGAUCGUCUGUACAGCUCAAGUGCUUGUAGACUGCAUGAUGCAUUCCUUCAUCAACAUGGCUAACAUCAACUUGCUCAUCUUUGAUGAAGCUCAUCACGCCAAGAGCGGGCACCCGUACGCCAGGCUGAUGAAAGACUACUACUUCACCCUUUCAAAUCGCUCGCAGCGACCUCGGGUGUUUGGUAUGACUGCUUCCCCUGUAGAUGCCAACACAGACAUUAAAGAUGCAGCCGUCCAGCUUGAGGCCAUGCUUGACUGCAAGAUUGCGACCACAUCCGACAUUACCCUGUCUGCGAACGCCAUCAAUCGACCGGAGGAGGAGAUUGCUAGAUAUUCACGACUCCCAGGUGGUUACGAGACAAAGUUUCAUCAGGAAUUGAAAGUCCGUUUUGGACACCUGGCCGUCUUCGGGAAGCUCUUCAAUCAAUCAAAACGCUUUGCAUCCGAGCUUGGAAGGUGGGCUUCUGACGAGUACUGGACCUUUGCAUUCACCGAAGCUGAGAGUCGUAAGCGCGAGAUUCGAGAGGAGUACAAGUUCAACAAAACACUUACCAACGAAUCUAUUGACAAGCUGAACACACAAAUCGCACAACUUCGUGAGGCAGCCGAAUACGUGAAGAACUUCGACAACGGUAUCCCUACAACCACUCCAGAGGAUCUGAGCUCAAAAUAUUAUCAUCGCCAUGGGAAUAAUCGAUGCAUUGUGUUCGUGGAGCAGCGUCAGACUGCUCGACUUCUGCAUCGCAUCUUCAAGUACAUUGGCGGACCCCACCUUCAUGGUGAUAUACUGGUUGGUGUCAGUGGAAGCAUUGGAGACUUUCAUGUUUCUUUGAGCAAACAAAUCAGGACAGUAUCUGACUUCAGGAAAGGGGAGCUGAACUGCAUAUUCUCUACUUCCGUUGCAGAAGAAGGACUCGACAUACCUCAGUGCAAUCUUGUUGCCCGAUUCGACCUUUACAGGACAAUGAUCGGGUAUGUUCAGUCGCGAGGCCGGGCGAGACACCAAAAUUCGCGAUAUCUUCACAUGAUUGAGAAAGACAACCCCCAGCAAGAAUCACUCAUUUUUGAAGCCAUGGGUGCAGAACAGCGUAUGAAAUCGUUCUGUCUGGGGUUGAGCGGUGACAAAUUGCUUGAUGAUGCGGAUGCUCGCCUUCCCCAGCUUCUUCUGACCGAGAGUAAUCUUCCCUCUUAUCAAGAUCCCACCACUGGAGCGAGACUCACAUAUAGCUCGAGCUUGUCAAUUCUGGGUUACUUCGUGGCAUGUCUACCAAAGGGCAAUGAGCAAGUUGACCUUCAGCCUACUUACGUAACAUCUCGGGCAGUCAACACCGAUUCGAACGGUAUGCAUGAGAGCGGCUGGCAAUGUGAAGUCGUUCUCCCGGAGAAUUCACCUAUCACCUUCAAGACAGGACGAGUCCACCGAAAGAAAGCCCUCGCGAAGUGUUCAGCGGCUUUUGAAAUGUGUCUCGAGCUGCGGAAGAGGAAGUACCUUGACGAAAAUUUACUCUCCACUAUGAAGAAAAUGGCACCGGCGGGGGCUAAUGCACAACUUGCUGUUAGCGGGAAGAAGAAAAAUCUUUACCCAAUGCGAGUCAAACCAGAUAUUUGGCAGACCUGUCUGGGUAACGCGCCUGAGCUCCUCUACUUGACGGUUGUGGAUGUGGACGCCGGUCUUGAUCGGCCACAUCAAGGCCUUGGGCUUCUUACCCGCGUGCCACUUCCCCACUUCCCCUCAUUUCCCAUUUACUUGCAAGACGACCGGGUAUCCAACGUUGUCAUAGUUCCUCUCAGCAAGCCUUUGAAGGUCACAGCUGGGGUUCUCAGGCUACUCACGAAGUACUUCCAUCAGAUUUACGAAGACAUCUUCCACAAAGACUUUGAAACGGAUCUUGCUAAGAUGUAUUAUUGGCAGGUUCCGCUUCGCCAUCCAGAAGCUCCGGUUACGACGUCAACAGAUCCAGAAGAUGUCAUUGACAUGGUCCAAGUGUGCUCCGUUUGUGACAAGCCUGAGCACCGAUGGACACCAGAAAUGCCCCCAGAGGUGCUUCCAGACAAAUACAUUGUUGAUCGUGGUGCGGGUGGUCGCCGCUUCUAUUCCAUUCGAGUGAUGCCAGACAUGAAGCCAUUAGACCCCGUCCCUGAAAAUGUUCCCGCUUGGAAGUGGAAUGAUAACGUUCUCGAUUAUUCGGUCAGUUUAUGGAAGAGGGAUCGCGCGCGCCGAGUUUGGGACGUGAAUCAGCCUGUGAUGCAAGUGGAGAAAAUUGGCCAUCGGCGCAAUUGGCUGGCUGUGGUGGACACCAAAGACGACGAAGAAGUCAAAGAGAUCAAAGGGAACAACAUCACCUAUCUGUGUCCUGAGCCUCUUCGUAUAUCGGCCCUACAUGUGCCUUUUGUGGCCAUGUGCUACGUGUUUCCAGCAAUCAUACAUCGGGUGGAAGAUUACCUGAUAGCACUAGAGGCUUGCCAAAUGUUCGACCUCAACAUCGGACCAGCUCUUGCCCUGGAAGCCACUACGAAAGAUUCUGAAAACUCUGAUGAGCACGGCCAAGAAAAGAUCAACUUCAAGAGCGGGAUGGGUCCAAACUAUGAAAGACUGGAGUUCCUCGGUGAUUGUUUCCUGAAGAUGGCGACGUCAAUCUCUACCUUCGUACAGCAACCCGAUGAGAACGAAUUUGAGUUUCACGUGCGCCGCAUGGAAAUGCUUUGCAACAAGAAUCUCUUCGAGACGGCGGUUCUCAGGACUAGAUUGGUCGAAUACAUUAGAACAGCAACGUUUUCUCGACGCACUUGGUACCCAACGCUAAGGUUACUGAAGGGAAAGGGCGCCCAAGCUGGUACGAGAGCUGACCACCACAAUCAAGUCAUCCAGCAUGGGUUGGCUGAUAAGUCCGUUGCCGACGUCUGCGAAGCGCUGAUCGGUGCUGCUUUCAUGCAGCAUAACCAACGGGGUAAUUGGAAACCUGGAAUGUGGGAUGAAGCUGUUAAAGCCGUCACCAAGAUGGUCAUGAGUGAGGAUCAUGUCAUGGAGACGUGGUCGGACUAUUACAAGGCCUAUCAGCUGCCAAAGUAUCAGUUGGCGGAAGCGACUGCCGCGCAACUUGACCUCGCCGCCAAAGUCGAGGAACAGCAUCCCUAUCACUUCAAGUACCCUCGCCUGCUCCGAUCUGCAUUCAUGCAUCCAUCGCAAGCAUUCAUGUGGGAGCACAUUCCCAAUUAUCAGCGCCUGGAGUUUCUUGGUGACUCCUUGCUUGAUCAAGCUUUCGUCAUGCAUCUGUUCUUUAAUUAUCCUGAAAAAGAUCCCCAGUGGAUGACGGAGCACAAGACGCCUAUGGUUUCGAAUCAAUUCUUAGGAGCGGUAUGUGUGAAGCUUGGCUUUCACCAGCACCUUCGGCAGAACAAUGCGAAACUCAGUAGCGAGAUUUGCGAGUAUGUCACUCAGAUACAAGAAGCCGAGAGCGAGUCGGGCGGCGCUGUCGACUAUUGGACCGUUGUGGACAGAGUCCCCAAGUGCCUGGCAGAUAUGGUUGAAGCCUACGUUGGCGCCAUUUUCGUCGAUUCGGAGUUCAACUACAGUGUCGUUCAGGACUUUUUCGACAUACAUCUCAAGCCUUUCUUCCCAGACAUGACUAUCUAUGACUCAUUCGCGAACAAGCAUCCACUUACUCGCCUCAAGAAGCGACUUGAGGACGAGGUAGGAUGCAGGGACCAUCGGAUCGCUACGCAUACAACGGAGAAGAUGCUUCCGAACGAGAAAGACAGGGUCGUCGCUAUGGUCAUGAUCCACGACAAAGUUCAUUUCCACGGCGUCGCGGUCAGUAGCCGGUACGCGAAGGUGAAGGUGGCCAACAUUGCGCUCGACGGUCUGGAUGGCCUCCCGGAGUAUGAGUUCAAGAGACGGUAUGGGUGCGAUUGCAGAGAGCUGGUUCCCACUGAUGCAGAGCAAGACGUGGUGUAA